AUGGUUGUGACGCAAUAAAUGCGUCUGGUGUCCGCGUACAUCAGUUGAAUUCUGAAUGUUAGAGUGAGGGUUUGGAGCUGCGGAUGAAAGAGAAAGUGAAAUCUUAAACUUGAUUUGUCACAUUGCAGACGGAACAGAUUAUAUAAAGAAUGUCAGGAAGCUUGAAUACACUUCUGGACAGCGCUGUCAAGACAGCAGUCUAUAGACUCGCAAACUCAAAUUCAGAUUCCAGGAGUGUUGCUAAUACUCGUGUACCGGUAGAUAGAUCUAGAGUAGAUUAUCUAUAUUAUGAAGAGGAUCAACCUGUAUAUGAUUACAACUAUUAUAAUGAUUAUAAUGAAGUCCCCCAGGUUAAGAAAGUGUCAGAAGUCCCUCUAGUUUGGAAACGACCCCAUUAUGGAUACAAAAACAGAUGGCAUGAGGAGGAACCCAAGUGGCGACCUCCCAAACCCGAAAAAAGACGACCUUUCUUCGAUAAUUCGAUCAGUAAGCGUGUUGAUGAUAUGACCGGCGGCGCAAUGUCCCGAGUAGGUGAGGUGGUUGCAUCUGCCGCCGCCCUUUUACCUGGUUUACCAGCAAUGAUCGCUCUACCAUUUAUCGCCGCUGCGUCCUAUUACCUAGUGGUAGUGAAUGCUCCGACCCCGGUAGUAAAGGAGAGGAUGUAUGAAACAACCAGUGAUAUAUUCUCUGGUCUGAUGAACCUUCUGAUCGAAGAACCUGAAGCUGGAGGAAUAAAAGAAUAUUUUGUAAAUAUUGUUAAUAAUUUAGUUCUAGAGGAACAGAGUCAAUAAAUAUUGUAUUACAAGAUAA